GCAGAAGAGACAGCCAUGUGGGGCCCGAGAUACAGACUGGUGCGUGCAUCCUUGAUCCUUCAUCCUCCUCCACCACCACUCCUCUCCUCCCCUGUUUCCGCUCCGCCCCCGGUAAACCCCAUCCCGUCCCGAUCCCACCACCACCCCUCCCCUCCCCUCCCCUCCCCGGAGGAAUCUUUGCUCCCUCCCACUUAUAUAAACCCCUCUCCGCCACUCCACUCUCCCAGAUCUACAUCCUCCCUCCACCCCGUCUCGCCGGCCGCCCGGCCGCCCCCCAAUCGUGCGUCGGACGAGGCCACGGCGAUGGAUCUCCUAGCGGACGCCCAGCCCCAGUGGCUCCUCGCCGGCGCUGCGCUGCUGCUCGCCACCGUCGCCUUCCUCAGGAUCCUCCUCGGCUCCGGCGGCGGCGGCAAGCGGCCGCCGCCGACGAUCCCGGGGGCGCCCGUCGUGGGCGGGCUGCUGCGCUUCCUGCGGGGCCCCAUCCCGCUCAUCCGGGCCGAGUACGCCCGCCUCGGCCCCGUCUUCACCGUCCCCAUCCUCACCCGCCGGAUCACCUUCCUCAUCGGCCCCGACGUCUCGGCGCACUUCUUCAAGAGCAACGAGUCCGACAUGAGCCAGCAGGAGGUCUACCGCUUCAACGUCCCCACCUUCGGCCCCGGGGUCGUCUUCGACGUCGACUACCAGGUCAGGCAGGAGCAGUUCAGGUUCUUCACCGAGGCGCUCAGGGCCAACAAGCUCCGCAGCUACGUCGACCAGAUGGUUGCCGAGGCCGAGGAGUACUUCUCGAAGUGGGGAGAAAGUGGCACUGUGGAUCUGAAGUAUGAAUUGGAGCACCUCAUCAUACUGACUGCUAGCCGAUGCUUGUUGGGAAGGGAGGUGCGAGAAAAGUUGUUUGAUGAUGUUUCUGCUCUCUUCCAUGAUCUUGACAAUGGGAUGCUGCCAAUCAGUGUCAUCUUUCCCUACCUCCCAAUCCCUGCACACCGCCGCCGUGACCAGGCACGAACACGUUUGGCGGAGAUCUUCGCCACUAUCAUCAAGUCCCGCAAGGCCUCUGGACAGUCUGAGGAAGACAUGCUGCAAUGCUUCAUUGAUUCCAAGUACAAGAAUGGCCGCCAGACCACAGAAAGUGAGGUGACUGGGCUACUUAUCGCAGCCCUGUUUGCUGGACAGCACACUAGCUCGAUCACCUCAACCUGGACUGGGGCCUACCUGCUUAAGUUCCAGCAGUACUUUGCAGAGGCUGUUGAGGAGCAGAAGGAGGUCAUGAAGAGGCAUGGUGACAAGAUCGAUCAUGACAUCUUGGCAGAGAUGGAUGUCCUCUACCGGUGCAUCAAGGAGGCGCUCCGGCUCCACCCGCCGCUGAUCAUGCUGCUUCGCCAAUCACACUCUGACUUCAGCGUGACCACGAGGGAAGGCAAAGAGUUUGAUAUCCCCAAGGGCCACAUUGUCGCAACAUCUCCUGCCUUCGCUAACAGGCUCCCCCAUAUAUUCAAGAACCCGGACUCGUAUGACCCUGACCGGUUUGCAGCUGGGAGGGAGGAGGACAAGGUUGCGGGUGCCUUCUCGUACAUCUCCUUUGGGGGUGGCAGGCACGGGUGCCUCGGUGAGCCCUUCGCGUACCUGCAGAUCAAGGCAAUAUGGACACACCUGCUGAGGAACUUUGAGUUCGAGCUGGUCUCACCAUUCCCGGAGAACGACUGGAAUGCGAUGGUCGUCGGCAUCAAGGGUGAGGUGAUGGUCAACUACAAGCGGCGGAAGCUCAUCGUCGACAACUAGAGAGUGGGUGGUCCCAUAGGGGGUGUUUGCUUCUGUAUUUGUUCCAUUUAAGUUUUGUUGUCCGCACGCCAACCUGUAGGGUAUCUAUCUUCACCAUUGUUUAGGGUACUGUGAUUUGCUUCCAGUGAUUAUUUAGACGUGUAGCAUCUGAGUGUUGUUUCUCUCUCCUUUCAUCUUUGCUGCUGUCCAUUCUCUUAGACGGGUUCAGACAUAAAAUGUGAACAGACAACCCUAUGUAAGGAACACAACAGCUGUGACUGAGUUCAUUCAAAAUGCAGUUCUUGCUUUUGCUCA